AUGAAUUCACUAGCCCACGUCACUUCCAUCUUAGUGGUGGCAGACUUCGCCGUUGGAAAUUUCCCCAAUGUCUUUAUAGUGCUGGUGAACUGCAGUGACUGGGUCAGGAGACAAGAGGUAUCCUCAAGGGAUUGAAUUCUCACUGCUCUGGCCAUUUCCAGAGUUGGUUUGCUUUGGGUAAUUAUCAUGAAUUGGUGUUCAACUGUGUUUAAUACAAGAGAAUAUAAUGGACAGGUAGCAUUUAUUGGUCUUAUUGCCUGGGCUAUUGCCAACCAUUUUAGCAACUGGCUUGCAACUGUUCUCAGCAUAUUUUAUUUGCUCAAGAUAGCUAAUUUUUCCAGUCUUCUAUUUCUUCAGCUAAAGAGGAGAGUUGAGAAUGUUAUUCUUGUGAUACUCUUGGGGACUCUGCUGUUUUUGAUUUUUAAUUUUAUUAUGUUAAAUAUAGAAAAGAUGGUGAUGGUGAAUGAAUAUGAAGGAAAUGUGACUGGGAAAAAUAAAAUACAGGACACCAUAACCCUUUCAAGUAUUAUUAUAUUUACUCUGCUAAACAUCGUACCUUUUAUUGUAUCACUGAUAUGUGGCUUGCUAUUAAUCUUCCUGUGUAAACAUGUCAGGAAAAUGAAGUUCCAUGGCAAAGGAUCCCAAGAUCCCAGCACCAAGAUCCAUAUGAAGGCUUUAAAAACCGUGGUGUCCUUUCUCUUCCUAUUUGCCAUGUAUUCCUUCUCUGUAAUCUUGUCAGGUUGGAGUUUUAAUAAGCUUAUGAACAAUGCAGUCCACUUGAUUUUCCAGGCUGCUGGUACUAUCUAUCCUUCAAGUCAUUCAUGCACCCUGAUUUGGGGAAACAAGAAGCUGAAACAGGCCUUUCUGUCUGUUCUGGGGCAGACAAGUUAUGGCUUAAAGAAUGGAAACUUUCAAGUCCAUAGGUCAAAAACAGGGACAUAG